GACCCAAAGAACCAUACGAGACUGCCUGAGUUAUUUCUCUUGGGACUGUCAGAGGACUCUGAACAACAGAUCUACAUCUUUGGAUUUUUUCUCUCCACCUACUUGAUCACUGUGCUUGGGAACCUGCUCAUCAUCCUGGCCGUCAGCUCCGACUCCCACCUCCACACCCCCAUGUACUUCUUCCUCUCCAAUCUGUCCUUUGCAGACAUCUGUGUCACCUCCACCAUCAUCCCCAAGAUGCUGGUGAACAUCCAGACCCACAGCCAAGCCAUCACCUAUGCGGGCUGCCUCACCCAGAUGUACUUUUUCAUCUUCUUCACAGGCUUGGAUGAUUUCAUCCUAACCGUGAUGGCUUAUGACCGCUUUGUGGCCAUCUGUCACCCCCUGCACUACACGGUCAUCAUGAACCCCCGGCUCUGUGGUCUGCUACUUCUGGGGUCCUGGCUCAUCAACCAUAUGCAUUCUUUGUUGCAGAGUUUAAUGGUCUUGCGCCUGUCCUUCUGCACGGACUUGGAGAUCCCCCACUAUUUCUGUGAGCUCAAGCAGAUGGUGCAACUGGCCUGUUCAGACACGCUUCUGAAUAACUUGGUGAUGUACAUCGCGGCUGUGAUUCUGGCGGGGGGUCCCCUCGCUGGGAUCCUUUACUCCUACUCAAAGAUUGUCUCCUCCAUCCUAAGAAUCUCCUCAGCUCAGGGGAAGUCUAAAGCCUUUUCUACCUGUGUAUCUCAUCUGACUGUGGUCUCUUUAUUUUAUUGUACAGCCUUAGGCGUGUACUUGAGCCCCACUAGCACUCAAGGCUCACACUAUAUUGCCAUACCCUCUGUGAUAUACACGGCGGUUACCCCUAUGCUGAACCCCUUCAUCUACAGUCUCCGGAAUAAAGACCUAAAAGGGGCUGUGAAAAAAAUCUUUGGGAGAGUAGAUUACAAAGAGUAA